AUGAUUUGUGCUUCAUGUCUUCCACGGUCAUCCGGCAGCUUGCAUGUUCCAUGGAAUGCUGAUGUCAGUUGGUCAGCGACAGGCUGGCAGAGCGUGAUGAGCCUGCAAAGUCGCAACAAGAAGACCCAAGCCCUCGCAGAUGAGCAAGCUACACAGCAAUUUCUGAAGGAGUACCUUAUCAACAAGAACUUAGAUGACCUAGACUUGGAAGAGGAGGUAGUCCCAUCUCGCGCAGACGAAGUGCGCAAUGCUGUUCGAAACAGCGAUGCGGGAAGUGGAACCGUCAAACACCUGAAGGCCUCUGGGCGUUCGAAGGAAGGAGCCGCGGUUGUCAUCAGCGAGUCAGUUCCGGCUGCCCAAGCUAGGGAUCCGCUUGAGCUGGAGGAGGAACGGACGCGCUUGGUCAACGAGAUCUGCGGCCCGAGAACACGGACUGACGUUCGUGCAUGGAUCGAGAAAAUCAUUGCGAUCGAGCAGACGCAGGUCCCCGAGAAGAAGAGGAAGAGAAAGAUGAGGGCUAACGGGAGCGAAAGUGGCAUGAGUGGACAGACUGGGUACACGGCGUACACAGGAGUCACGGGUACCACGGCUGGGAUCUGA